AUGGCAGAAUGUGAAGAGGACCUAAAGAGCCUCUUGCUCAGUGUAAAAGUGGACUUGAAGCUCAACACCAAAACAACUCAUGGCAACCGGCCCCAUCACUCCUUGCAAAUAGAAGGGGAAGUCGUAGAAGUAGUGACAGAAUUCACGUUCCUGGGAUCUCAGAUCACCGCAGACUGUUACAGCAGCCAUGAAAUUAAAAGACGCCUUCUCCUCGGGAGGAAAACGAUGCCGAACCUAAACAGCAUGAUAAAAAGUAUAGACAUCUCCCUGCCAAUAAAAGUCCGCAUGGUCAAAGCAAUGGUAUUCCCAGUAGUCAGCGACUAUAAAGACGGCCGAGCGCCGAAGAAUAGAAUCAUUUGA